AGCUUCUCUCUCUCCACGCUCGGCUGUCUGUUAGAAGGCGGAGUUCAGUGCAAUAAAGUCUUCUGUGAAACAACACGGGAGUCAGUAUUAGUUCUCACUUUCACUGGAGCAAAGAAGAAUUUAUUUUGUUGUCGUUUUUUUCAGUUAAACUGUGGACGUACCUUCGCAUUUUGUUUUUGGUGGGACCACAGUGGAAAGCAGACUGACUGAGGUAACAGUUUCACCUGCGGGACACAUCAGAAUCUCGUCACCUCGUGAUAGGUGUGUGCAUAAAAUGAGGCACCUCUCAUUAUUGUGCCUGUCGGCGCUGGUGACCCUGUAUGGCCUUGAGGGUGUGCUGUCCCAGGCUCCCUCCUACGGUGAGCGGGGCUCUGAUCUCGGCAUACAGGUGUUUCAGCAAGUGGUCCGCUCCAAGCCCCUAGAAAAUGUGGUGUUUUCACCCCACGGGGUAGCUUCCAUCCUUGGGAUGUUGCUACCAGGAGCCCAUGGAGAGACCCGCAAGCAGAUCCUCAGUGGUCUCCGUUACAAGAAAAAUGGCCCAUACAAGAUGUUGAGGAAGCUGCACAAGACCUUGACAGCUAAGUCCAACCAGGACCUUGUGCUAAUUGCCAACGCCAUGUUCAGCCAGCAGGGCUUCCCCAUGGAGGAGGCUUUCGUAGCCACCAACAAGGCCAACUUCCAGUGUGAGAGCAAGAGCCUGGACUUUAGCCACCCCAAUGUGGCAGCAGAUGAAAUCAACGAAUGGGUCAACAAUAAGACCAAAGGUCACAUCCCCAGCUUGAUCAAAGCAGACAUGCUGGACCCGGCUUUGACCCGCCUGGUUGCAGUCAAUGCAAUCUACUUCAAAGGCUUAUGGAAGUCUCGCUUCCAACCUGAGAACACCAAGAUGAGGCCUUUCAAUGGGGGCAAUGGAAAUGUAUAUAAAGUUCCAAUGAUGUCCCAACUAUCCGUCUUCAACAUUGGUGUGGCCACCACCCCUCAGGGACUGAAGUAUAAGGUGAUUGAGCUGCCCUAUCACGGCAACACCAUCAGCAUGCUGAUAGUUCUGCCCUCUGAAGAGGAUACGCCUCUGUCCCGUGUUGUCCCACACAUCAGCACAGCCACGGUCCAGAGCUGGACUACACUGAUGCACAUGAGAAAAGUCCGCCUGCUCAUCCCCAGGUUUACUGCUGAUGCCGAGGUAGAUUUGGAAGCCCCUCUUUCAGCACUAGGAAUAACAGACAUGUUCAGCGAGGGCAAGGCAGACUUCAGACACCUCAGUGCUGAGCCUGUGUAUGUAUCCAAGGCACUCCAGAAAGCCAAAAUUGUGGUGAAUGAAGAUGGAACAAAAGCAGCAGCUGCCACUACUGCCAUUUUGCUGGCUCGGUCCUCUCCACCUUGGGUUACAGUCGACAGACCUUUCCUCUUCCUCAUCAGACAUAACCCAACAGGUACGAUUCUCUUCAUGGGCCAGAUCAACCAGCCUUGAGCCCAACCAUCACUGCUCAGCCCCUGGUACACAGGCCAGCACAGGAAAUGCUUCUACACUGCCAUGCAUGAACACACACACAUGAACACACACCUACACACUCACUCACACAAACUUUGCUGUAGACUUAUGUACAGUGUGGACAUAUGUUAUUUGUUUUAAAUAUUGCUUUUUAUGUUGCCCUGUUUCUGUAAUGCAUAACAGACUAAAUUUUCCAGCUGUUUUAAUUUUUUUGUACACUUUUUUGAAUUUAUUACAUUUUUAAAAGACUCUGAAUGUCAGUUGUGUAUUUCCUCAACUCUGGACUAGGAUAAUAAUCAGUUUGUUUAUCAUGUUACUGUUUCAGUUUGAAAAUUCUCCAUUUCAAGUCGUAUCACUCCAGUCUGUUCUAAGUUUCCCUCCUAAGUUAUGUUGAUGUACAUGACAUCUUGAACACAAUGUAUUCAGCUUCUUGUUUCCCUCACUGAGGAAGUCUUCUGUUAUUAUACUUGCUUCAUAUUUGAGCAAAUAAAUACACAUAUUUAUAACAUCAA